AUUCUAAAUAAGGUUAAAGCUAUUUUAAAUAAAUUAACGCCUCAAAAGUUCGAUGUCUUGGUUGGGAAUUUUAAAGAAUUGACGAUUGAUAAUGAAGCAAGAUUAAUGGGUGCCAUAGACCUAAUCUUUGAAAAGGCAAUUGCUGAACCAAGCUUUAAUCGCUGCUAUGCUCAACUCUGCCUGCUAUUACAGGAUACCUCAAUACAAAAAGGAGCGGAUGGAUUAUCCGGCAAAUCUAAAAAUGUAACAUUAAGACGAUUGAUCUUGAAUAAGUGUCAAGCAGAAUUUAGCAAAACUAAAAGUUUCGAUAGCAAUAAAGCGGAGCGAAAAGAAAAAAGACUAGCCGAAUGCAACACGAAUGAAGAGAAGCGUCGGGUACAGGAAGAAUUGGACAUAGAAGAAAUUAAAGCAAGAAAGCGAUCACUUGGAAAUGUUAAAUUUAUUGGAGAGCUAUUUAAAUUAGGGAUGCUUAAGGAGAAUAUUAUACAUCAAGAUUGCCUUGUACAAUUAUUUCAUAACAGUGAUGAAGAUUCUUUGGAAAGCUUAUGUGGCUUUAUGACAAGCGUUGGAAAACUUCUCGAUAGGCCUGAUAUAGCAGAUAGGAUGGAUCAAUAUUUUGACCGAUUGAAAAAAUUAACGCAGAAGAAAGAUAGGAUUUGUGCUCGCAUGCGAUUCAUGAUUCAAGAUGUAAUUGACUUAAGACAGAAUAAUUGGGUGCCUAGAAGGGCAGAUAACAAUCCUAAGAAAAUUGAUGAAAUUCAUCGUGAA